CAUACCCGGUCCAGGAGAGACGGGCGUGGGCAACGCCGGGAGCUCGGAGCUCGGAGUCUUACGUGGGAGGAGGAAAGUCGCCCGCGCCGGAUGUCCAGAAGUGGGAGCGCCUGGAACGCCCCCGCCUGGCGUACGGAGCACCGCACCCUGCGCCCGUCACCCCCGUGCACGCGCCCGCGACUCGGGUGCGCAGGCGCCUAGAGGCCGCGCGGCCGCCAUUGCUCCCCCGCCAGCGAAGCGGCCUGUUGGAAGCCUGCGGGAGCAGAAAGAAGGCACCCACCCUGGAGCCAUGGUCCACGCUUUCCUCAUCCAUACCUUGAGGGCCCCACAGGCAGAGGAGGGCCUUUGCCGAGUGCUCUACUCCUGCGUCUUCGGUGCCGAGAAUUCACCUGAUGACCCACGACCACACGGUGCUGAGAGGGACAGGCUCCUCUGCAAGGAGCAGAUUUUGGCUGUGGCCAGGCAGGUGGAGUCCAUGUGCCGGCUGCAGCAGCAGGCAUCCGGCAGGCCGCCCACGGAUCUGCAGCCCCAGCCCUCAGAUGAGCCGAUGCCCCUGCACGAGGCCCCACGUGGGGCCUUCCGCCUGGCGGCAGGGGACCCUUUCCGGGAGCCUCGGACAGUGGUGUGGCUGGGAGUGCUCUCCCUAGGCUUUGCCCUGGUGCUGGAUGCCCACGACAACCUGCUGCUGGCAGAGAACACACUUCGGCUGCUGGCACGCCUCCUCCUCGACCACCUCCGGCUGCUGGCCCCCGGCACCAACCUCCUGCUGCGGGCUGACCGAAUCGAGGGCAUCCUCACCCGCUUCCUGCCCCACGGUCAGCUGCUCUUCCUCAAUGACCAGUUUGUCCAGAGUCUGGAGAAGGAAUUCAGUGCUGCCUGGCCCCGCUGACCCCUCACUGCGUGGGACUUUGCGAGAGGGCAUUGAGGAAGGACUAGGAUGUUCAGACACACAACCUGGUAAAACUUGGCAUCUACCUCCUACCCAGCCUGCUCCCAGCUCUGGUGUGCUGCCACACCCAGGACAAGUGGAUGGGACAAGCUGGCAGAAAAGGGGGCAGGGCAGAAGGUAGAGGUGAAGAAUCACAGAACAGUCUGUGCCUGGAGGUGCCUCAUGACUUACUCAGACUGCUACCAAGGGCAGCCCCUCUCGUCCUUGACUCCACUUUCUCCCAUUCCCAUCCGCCAGUCCUCUACAGUGCACCAGCUCCGAGUGCUAGGGUGGUGCUGGAGUGGUGAGGAUCAGCUGCCUGGAACUCGGCCCAUGUUCUUUCCCCAAACCCACAGUCAUCACAAUACAAAAGGAGUCUGAGACUCAGCUCCACCACAGUUCACAAAUAUGUCAGUCAUUCAGGGGGAUUCUAUAGGUCCUUUUGGGCUCAGUCCAUGCUUGCCAAGCAGCCUCAAGAUAAUCAUGCGCUUCCCUCAUCCGCAGGGAGAGAAGGUGCCAUCGGCUGGGUGCAAGAAAUCUGGCCUGGAUGAUGUUAUCUUUCUCAUUUUGAAUUAAAAGCACCAACUAUAUGAUUUUGUCACUGACCCCUGUAGGACAGGGACCCAAGAUCGUGGUGGUUCUGCUUAGUGUUGCUCGCGCCAAUAAAAUGAAACUGUUCUGUAAAGUA